AUGAAAAUACCUGGGAUCACUGCAGAGAGACUGAAUGCGAUCUUCGCAAAGAAAAGCAGUUUAUAUCAAACAACCGAGACGUUUGAUAUUAAGGCUAUUGUCAAUAAAACUAAGCAAGAGAAUCGUUUUGCUUUUAUCGCAAGUAAAAAGAAACUAAGUAAACUGGCUGUUAUUCGAAACAGAGCCGACCGUCGAUUGAAGGCUGCUGUACAGUCUGAGUAUCCCAACCUAAAGCUGAAAGGCAAGUCAUAUAGUUUACAUCGUCUUAUUUUAAUAUUAUCAGGCUACGAUUUUUUGUUCUUUUUAAAACCACCCAUCAUUACUGCACCCUGGUCUACAGUUGUACAGGAAACAGCAAAAUCACUAAGAGAUUUAGAGAAAAAAACGUUAAAAAAGAAGUCCAAAUAG